AAAUAAAGUAUCACUGCUGGAGGGAGGCCCUCGGGUUCUACCCAGGGGGACUUUAUGAGAACCAACCACUUCAACAGACCCUACAAAAACAGAUGAGAGGGAAGACAGGAGCCCAAGGGAGAUGUUCUUUCCCCUCAAAGUAGGAACACCUCAGCCUGAGACAGACCCAGCAGGAAGGGCUCUGGGAGGCUGAAAGACUAGGCAGGACCGGUGCAAGGCUGGGGGAAAGGGAGGGACCAGCCCUGCACCAGUGGGUGUGGCUCCACCCUUCCCACCUCAGAGCCAUGGGGAGCCGGGGUCCUGGUGGGCUGCCCCUGGUGCAGGCCCCCUACACGGUUCUGCUGCUGCCACUGGAGACAAGCCGCCAAGACCCAGGGGCCCAGCGCUUCUUCCUCUGGCUGCAGAGGAUGCAGGCUCUGGAGCGGGAACAGGAUGCCCUGUGGCAGGGGCUGGAGCUGCUGGAGCAUAGCCAGGCCUGGUCUGAGGGCCGUCUGAGGGAGGCCCAGCAACAGCAGCUAUAUCUGGGGGCCCUUGGUGAGAAUUUUCCAACAGAUUUACACUCAGAGCCUGGUGGCCCCCAGUUAGCCCAUAUUCAAAAGGUGAACAUCUGUUUGCAGAACCUGAUUCAGGGGAAGGUGAGUUUAUUGUUUUUAGUUUACUCUUGGGAAGUGAGGGUAAAGAGGGGACUUGGGGUCAGCACUGGUCUAACAAAACAGCGAAUUCCCCGCCCUGCCCAGUUCUCCCCGCAUCCCCUGAACAAAGCUAGUUCCUGCGCCACCCAGGACUGGAAGGGAAGGCCAAGGAAGCAGAACGUGUGGCAGCAACAUGUAAGCAGUAGAGGAGUGGGGGGAGGGCGGAAGCCCUGGCCCUCAGUGGGAGGGAGGGCACAGACACCCAGGCUGUCUCCCUCCUCUUCUCCAGGUGGUGUCAAGGCAGCAGAAAGGAGUCACUCAGCCAAAGGGGGAGAUGGCUCAGCCAGGGUGCCCCAAUGGACGGAGGGGCCCUACCCGUGUCUAAGGUCUCCUCUGUUUCCCCUCAGUUGUGCUGGCAAGGCUGAGUCAGAACCCCCAGCCUCCUUAUUCUGCUUCUUGACUCAAUAGCUAAAUGGCUCCAGGUGGCGGGUCAACUGAAAUCCAGACAUCUUGGUGUGAAGUUUCUUCUCCACUCCUGAAAACUUGCAUUUCAUCUUUUUGGUAUCUUACGCUCUCACUCUUCCCUAUAUGAUGUGCAUAAGUGAUCUUUCUUUGAAAUCUCUUUGGGGAGAAGACAUGUUUAUUGGCACU